AUGCUGUCUGUCGUCUCUCGUUGUCGGCGUUUCGCGCCAAUACUCAAUUAUGGAUGUGUUCUAUCAAAGCAGAAGCACACGAUCCCAGACCUGCCUUAUGAUUUCGGUGCUCUCGAACCCGUAAUUUCGGCCGAGAUCAUGCAAGUUCACUACCUGAAGCAUCAUGGCACCUACGUGAAUAAUCUGAACAUAGCUGAAGAGCAGUUGGCUGAGGCAAUUCACAAGAAUGAUGUCACGAAGAUGAUUUCGCUGCAGCCUGCCUUAAGGUUCAAUGGUGGAGGCCAUAUCAACCACAGCAUUUUUUGGUGCAAUCUCUGCCCUAAUGGAGGUGGUGAGCCAAGCGGUGCCCUAGCUGAUGCAAUUAACCGCGACUUUGGUUCAUUUGAUGCUUUCAAGGAAAGGAUGACUGCCACCACUAUCGCGAUUCAAGGCUCCGGAUGGGGAUGGUUGGGCCUUGAACCGGCCUCCGGAAAAUUGCGUAUUGCUACGUGUGCAAACCAGGACCCGCUUGAAGGGACCACUGGUCUCAAGCCUUUGUUGGGCAUUGACGUUUGGGAACACGCCUAUUAUCUUCAGUACAAGAACGUGCGUCCUGAUUACGUCAAGGCCAUUUGGAAAAUCAUCAAUUGGAAGGACGUCGCGGAUCGCUUUGCUAAAGCUCAGUAA